AUGGCGUCAAAUGACAAUGAAUUGGGUGAAAUUGAAUUAAAGGACAACGAGGUUUCUAUGUUUAUUGUUCUGUUAUCUUAACAGCAACAAUGACAUUUUCUGUACCUCUGUCAGCCCGUAUCCCACUCAGUACAGCUCUGAUAGCGGUUACUCUAUCUACAAAAUAAUUUGCAAUAAGCUUUGGAUCAUGAUUGCUCUCUGCGACAUCCAGCCACAAGAUUUUUCUCGAGAAGCCGUCGAUGCACCAUGGAUAAAAAAUCCAAACGGACGAAGUUUGUCGUAACCAUCUAUAUGCCACUGAUAGUUCGGCCCCUUUGAAACGUAAACGCGACGACGUAGUCUUCGUCUAGAUCUUAAUUUGUUCAACACCUUUUAGAUCCAAGUUUUUGAGGCAUAAACGAACUGUCUCUUGAUCCACUUGCAGGUUAUAAACGCUUCGUAAUUUUUUAUGCAUGGCCCGAUAACCCAUCGAUGAACCACUUCCUCUCAGUUCGUUCGAUAUGCAUUGAAUGACAUUGCCAAUGUCAAAGUCUAAAUUUCUUCUUUUAAGCCCCAUUCUUCUUAAGAUCCGCUUUAAAUGAGAAACGCUCAGUUUGAUGUUGUGGCGCGUAUUUAACAUCAGAACUAUCUCAGCGUAUGUAAAUCCAGAAUAAAAAUAACUACGAAUGAGACCACCUCGGUCUUCGUAGUCCACCUCGGUCUUCGUAGUCCACCUCGGUCUUCGUAGUCCACCUCGGUCUUCGUAGUCCACCUCGGUCUUCGUAGCCCACCUUGUUAUCGUGAACUCUUGCCAUCUUUUAAUUUAUUAAUCUUCUUACUUAAAUGAUAGUAUUGUUGUCAAUGUCAAUAUUUGACGCCAUUUUUGCAACUUAACGUGAUUCCAUACCAGUACCCCGCAGACAACCGCGCAAAUAUACAACUCGGAUUUUCAAAUUUUCGGAUCUCGAAUUUUCGGAUUUUCAGAUUUUCGGAUUUCGGAUUUUCAUAUUUUCGGAUUUCCGGAUCUCAUAUUUCCGUAUUUUCGGAUGAUACUUACACGCUUCCGUAUUUUGACGAAUUUAACGAGUGAAUGAUUUAUGAAUGUUCAGAUAAAAGGUACACACACUCUAAAACAUUAUAACUCAUCUACUCGUUCACGUGCACCAGAAGAAAAUCGUAGGAAUCGUAUUAAAAAUUGCAAGUGCAAAAACGCCUGAUUAAUAAUUGAUUAAUAUAAACCAAUGGACAACUUGCAUGUUAGACUAAAUUUUAAUCUAAGCAGAGAAAAGGGAAUCAAAUUCACAGCUAAAAAGAACAUACUGAAAUUAGUAAAAGUGCAAAAUUUGGUUGCGAAAUGUUGUAAAGCUUAGAAAAUAUAGCCUUGCAAAGUUUGCAAAUUUUCAGUAUAUUUGUAUUACGAGCGGAAAUUGUUACCAUUUUCGGCUCAAAAAUGGUAACAAUUUCCGCACGUAAUACAAAUAUACUGAAAAUAUGCAACCUUUGCAAGGCUAUAUUUUCCAAGCUUUACAACAUUUCGCAACCAAAUUUUGCAAGUUUACUAAUUUUAAUAAGUUCUUAACGGUAAUUUACUUUUUUUGUGCCUAGAUCGGCUAGAUAAAAAAUUUGUCUAACAUGCAAGUUGUCUAUUGUAUAUAGUCAUAAUUACACGACUCUGAUCUCCCGGAAUUCGUAAUAUUAUCCAAAAACGUUCUUAUGAUGAGUUAUAAUGUUUCUGAGUGUGUGUGCCUUCACCUGAACAUUCAUAACUCAUCCACUCGUUAAAUUCAUCAAAAGAAGAAAAUCGCACCUAAAUAUUGCAAGGUAAACGGGCCUUUUGAUAUAGAAAGUAUGUGUGACAAAUGCGUGUCCAAGUUUAGCCUGCACAUCUGCCUGACUUUCUUCUCGUUCACUUGUGGGUUUCGGUGUCGUCCAAGCAAGCGUUUUUCAUCUCGCUAUGGACUCAUUUGAAAAAAGUUUGUCAACGCUCGUCAUGGGUUUUCUCCGGGUGCUCCGGUUUCCUCCCACAGGGAAAGUUGACAGGGUGGGUUAGGACAAACACAGUUAAGAAUGCAAUAUCACAAUUGUUGUAAAGAUAAACUAGUCUAGGCUAAAUAUAUAAUUAGGCAAGCGUAUAAUUCUUGUUGUAAAGCGUAUUUGAUCGUGCAUAUCCACAUGUAAAUUUUGCGCUAUAAAAAUGUUAAUCUUAAUCUUAGCGAUAUAGCCUUGCUGCGCACAGACUUUGAUGAAACCUUUUCGUCAACAGUUGAACCUUAUCUCAUCUUGUUUAUUUUCUGAAAUCUUGAGUUUUAAGAUGAAGUUGAUUGUCCGGAGUUUGGUUAAUCAAUAUCUUCUUGCCACUAAUAAUAUGUCAUCUAUUCAUAUAUAGUUUGCAAAGAUAACUUGAACCUCCAUGCAAGCACGUUGGGAGAGACGAUAAGCAGCCGAAAUUUCCCUGAAAAGUAUUGGGGUAAUAUGCAUUGUUUUUAGCUAAUCCAAGCUGAACGCGACCACAAGAUACGACUGAUUGUACAGACGAUAGAUUUCGAAUACUGCACUGAUUGUGGCUGUGAUUUUAUUCACAUCUUCGAUGGACCGAAUGGAAAUAGCAAGUCGCUUCAAAAAUGGUGUCAAAAUCGUCCUGAUCUCAUAUCCACUGGCAAUUACCUUCAGUAUAUUGAAAUGCAGACAGAUGGGAAAAAAUCUUAUCGAGGUUUCAAAGCAAAAGUCUUUGCUAUCCACAAGAAUGAUGGUAAGGAAAAUGCAUGCAAUAGCUAUAAUGUUCCAGAUUUUUACACAGCUAAUUAUUAGUUAGCUAGACUUGGUUCAAGUCCAUCUCAGGAGAAAAGUAGGGAGGGACGGACUUGGGACAAGUCCGUCUCUCUCGACUUUUCUUUCAUAUUUUCGCGCCUUUUUUGACCGAUCGUGUGCAUCGCUAUAUUCAACCCUUUGAGAGAAGGACUUUAACCAAGUCUAAUUAUUAGUAAGUAUUGAAAAUUCAAUCUAUGACAUAUGAAUUUUGACCCUAGCUAAUUAAGGUUAUUACACCCGUUUUCGGAAUUAGGGCCAGGAAAAAUAGCUAGGUUUGACAUGUCAAUUUUAUGUCACAUGCACGGUCACGAAAUUCAGAUUGUUUAGAACUUUGCGUUUUGUGACUCUUUAUCGAUGUCAUGCAUUGUAUGCUUUAUAGGGAAAAAGUUUAGAAUGGUUUUCAAGAUAUUAUAACUUAUAGUGAUAAUUAUUGGGAAAUUUAAAAUCAUAAUAUUACCGCUAUAGUCUAGCGCAAGCGGGUUUGGAUACACAGUUAAAUUCGACAUUAAAUUGUUCUUUUUCAAACUUUAAAAGUGAUUCACGACACAGAUUUUUUUGUGAUUGUUUGUUGUUUCUUUUAGUUUUGUUAGCUGAUUUUGGGUCAAUAUUCUUCUUUAGGUAUUAAAAAAGGUUUAAAACGUCCUUUGUUUACGUUUACCAUUUUUUAGCAGUUCACUGGUGACGUAAAACUGAUAUUUCGGAACUGAGAUUAUCUUCGGGUAGGUGUAGGUCUCGUAAUUUUGAAAACGGGUGUAAAGUUAGUCCAGUAAAACCGAUGCUAUGUUUGUUUGAAAUAAAGUCUAUAGCUCAUACAAUGGACUGCAGAAAUCAAAACGUUCUUCGAACUAAGUGAAACUUAAUUUUUAUUGCCAUUACAUUUAAAUCAAUUCACUCCAUAAUCGAUUCUUGUCUAGUGUGCCCUGGCAGUGGACUUCUUACCAAAGAAUCGGGGACAAUCAAAAGUCCAAAUUACCCAAAGCAUUAUUAUGGUGGAAUAGUAUGUGAUUGGACAAUCACAGUGCCUGACCAAAAACGUAUUCGAAUCAAGUCUAGGUCACUCAACUUGGAAAGCUGUCCCUCUUGUAGUUCAUGCGACCAUAUACAAAUUUCUGAUAAUGCUUCACCCGACCAUCCGAUCAUUGGAAAUUGGUGUGAAACGCCUUUUAAUGUGAUCUCUCGUGGUAAUACAGUGCAAAUAAGAUUCAUAAGUAAUGUAAAUGAUGUUGGUGAAAACUUCGUAAUUGAAUACCAGACAGUGAAUGAAGACGAAGGUAAACAUAGUCAUUUUAAUCGUAUAACUAGGGGCAAUUGCCUUCUACCCUCAAGGAAUCGGAUUUGGCCCUCCAGGCACAUUGAUUCUGGCCCUGGAGAAGUAGCCUCAAUUAUUGGUCGCAACUGCCCAGAGGUGCAGUUCCUGUGAACCCAAACUCUCAACGUUUUCCGGGUGGACACCUGAAGUACCCAACCGAAACAAAAAUCACAUGCACAAAAUCAAUCUGAUUUUCUGAGAUCGAGAUUUAGUUAUAGUUAAAGUUACAGUAAAGUAUUAAAAGUUCAGUAGUUAAUUAAAGUUACAAAUACACUCUCCCUACCACCACAAUAAAAUAAGUUUGGGUUAGGCCGAACAAGCACUUUUUAUUAUGCACCUGAUCAUAUUGGACCAUGAAUAUUUGUCAUUCUUAGGAUUGAAGUACCGUACAAUUGUGGGAUAGACAAAAUAAAUUGUAGUGAACAGUGAUCCGGCCGUGUGUCACAGUUUGUGAGAUUGAUUUUUUCUUAAACUCAGAAUGCAGGAAAUAUCGUUUCUGAAAUAAAUGUUUAACGCAAGCAACAUGAGCAACAAAACUUGCCAAGGCAAACUUAUAUUCAGUUCACUGUUUCUAUCUAGUUUGUCCGGUAAGCCCAACUUCACCUUCCAGUGGAACGCUGACAAGCUUGGGUUAUCCUAAUGGAAAUUACCCUGGAAACCUAAAUUGUACGUACCGCAUAAAAGCACCAAACGACAACCAAGUUGUUCGACUCGAGUUUACCCAUUUUGAAUUGGCCGCUUGUGGACAGUAUGUCAGCUCGUGUUUAAAUUGUAGAGACGCCAUUCAAGCUAUAGAUGUUGGUGAUGAUAUGAAGUUGACUCGCUUCCAUCCCUGGUGCUCAAACGACCCUCAACCUACACACAUAUUUUCAUCUGGACAAAACCUGUUCCUCAAUUUCUACACAGACAAAUCAUCACAAGAUGUGGGUUUCAGGGCAACUUAUCGAAGUGUUGAUAAAAAUUUAG